AUGAAGUUGGAAUCUGCCGGAAACACUUGCCGACCGAGGGCGGAGCAGGAGCCACGCAGGAUUUCACUAGGUUUGGGCUUUGCUCGUCUGAAGAGCUGCUCCUCACCAGAGGCCGGAACGGAGAAAGAGAUGAAAGAGCUUGAGGAUAGGCCGCCAUUCAAGAACGAGACAGAGGAGUCGUCAGACACGGUGGCGGAGCAAAAGAGAAUGGCCGUCGGGUCGAGAUUGCCUCCGCGCCGCGAGAUUGAAGUCUCGUGGGAGAGGAGAAUUGCGCGAGGGAAGUCGCGAUCCUUGGCGGUUGCUUUCUUGGCGAGGUCGGAAGGGAAAGGGGAGUAG